AUGGCUACCGACUACAGCUCUCUGAAGGUCCCCGAGCUCAAGAAGCUCCUCCAGGAGAGAAGCCUUCCCGCAACGGGCAACAAGCUUGAUCUGGUCAAUCGCCUUAAGGAGAACGAUAAGGAAUCCGCGCCCGCCACCGCAGAGGAGGACGAAAUCGACUAUAGUGACGACGAGCCCGCGCCCACCAAGGCCGCCGCCGAUAAUACCCCGGCUGCCGAAGAAUCCAAGCCUGCCCCUGCUCCUGCUGCAGCUGAGCCUGCCGCUCCCGCCACUGAAGCCGCGCCCGAGGUCGCGCCAGAGGCUGAGACGACCGGGGAAGAGGAGAAGAAGACAGAGGAGGCUGCAGAAACUGCCGAGGCUGUGCCAAAGGAGGACUUUGCUCUCAACCUUGAUGCGACCGACGCCGCAGCGGAAGCCAAGAAGCGCGCCGACCGCGCUAAGCGAUUCGGCAUCGACGAGGACGAGGAGGCCAAGAAGAAGGCUGACCGCGCAAAGAAGUUUGGUGUCGAGGUUGGCAGUGUAGCCGGUCUCGAUUCUGCGCUCCCUGAGAGACGUCCCAAGCGCGGCCGUCCUGAGCGCACCGAUGAGCAGCCCGGGCGCGAUGCCAAGCGACAGAGCACCGACGGUCGUGGACCUCGUGGUCGCGGCAGGAACAACAGGACCGGACGCCCUGGUGGUCGCCAAGGUGGUGGCGGCGGCGGCGGCGAUCGCGACAACAGGCGUAGCGCUGCCAUCGACCCUGCCGAGAAGGCAAGAUUGGAAGCGAGGGCGAAGCGAUUUGCCAACUGA